UCACAAUACGCUGUGUUUAUUGGCGGAUGAUGUCCCGUCAAGGAAGUUGCUUAUCCAGAUGUUCUAUUAAAGUAAGGGAAUCCAAACCCCCCAAAUCCAACCACUGCGCUCUCCCCUCACUCUACCCUUCUCCCCCUCUCACUCUAAACCAAUACGCUUCUCCGUUCCUCUCUAGGCCUCCUUGUCUUCUCCUUCCCACCACAGCCUCCUAGAGAUGCUCGGUUCAUUGAAGUCCCAUGAAGGAGGUGAACAGGACCCUGACCCCCAUAACCAUCACCAUCACUCCCAUCCUCACCACCCCAACCCCUCCCUUGGGCUCAUCUCCCUGUCAGCCCAUGCCCGCCAGCUCCUGAUCAGCUGCGCCGAGCUCAUCCACCGCGGCGACCUCCCCACUGCCCGCCGCACGGCUUCCCUCCUCUCCGCGGCUGCCUCGCCUUAUGGCGACUCCGCCGACCGCCUCGCUCACCAAUUCGCUCGCGCCCUCUCCCUCCGCCUUGCUCGCCUUGCCCGCCUUGCUUCCCCCUCAGUGCCCUCCGACACCUCCUCCGAGGCCCUCCAGUCCUCCUACCUGUCGCUCAACCAGGUCACCCCGUUCCUUCGCUUCGCCCACCUCACCGCCAACCAGGCCAUCCUCGACGCCCUCCAUGGUUGCCGACGCAUCCACAUCCUCGACUUGGACACCUCCCACGGGGUGCAGUGGCCCCCUCUCCUCCAGGCCAUCGCCGAUCGCUCUGGCGCCGACGUUCCCCCGUCCAUCCGCAUCACUGGCACUGGCACCGACCUCGACGUCCUUCGCCGAACUGGUGACCGCCUCCAGACCUUCGCUCGCUCAUUAGGCCUCCAAUUCCAAUUUCAUCCUCUCCUCCUCCCCCCCAGUAGCACUAUCGGCACUAGUCUCUGCAGUGGUAAUAGCACGAGCAUUCUCUCUGCUGCUGCUGCUGCCGCCGCUGCUGCUGCUGGUGGGGGUAGUAGUAGUAGUAGUAUCAGUAAUCUCACCUGUUCUUCCUUCCAACUGCAUCCUGGCGAGACCCUGGCAGUGAAUUGUGUGCUGUUCUUGCACAAGCUCCUCAAAGACAGCCGCCAUGAGGAUGAUGGCUCGCGCGAACUGAGGGCCUUUCUUCAAGCCGUGAAGGCGAUGAACCCAGCAGUGGUGACGGUGGCGGAGAGGGAGGCGAGCCAUAAUUCCCCGAUUUUCUUGCAGAGGUUCAUGGAGGCGCUGGACUACUACACGGUGGUGUUCGAGUCUUUGGAGGCGACGCUGCCGCCCAAAAGCCAGGAGCGGCUGGCGGUGGAGCAGGUGUGGCUGGGGCGGGAGAUCGAGGACAUCGUCGCCUGGGAAGGAGAGGGGAGGAGGGAGCGGCACGAGCGAUUCGCACGCUGGGAGGGGCUUAUGAGGGAUGCUGGAUUCUCAAACCUUCCCCUCAGCCCCUUCGCGCUCUCGCAGGCAAAGCUGCUGCUCCGGCUGCACUACCCGUCCGAAGGCUAUCAGCUUCAGAUGGUGAGGGACUGCAUCUUCCUUGGUUGGCAGAACAAGGCACUAUUCUCGGUCUCAUCUUGGCACUAGCGCAACAACCAUAGAGAGCGGAAAGUUAAAAGAAAGAAAGAUGGCUAAAUAGAGAUGUAUGAGGGUAUCUUUUGUUAUCAUUUCAGCUACAAACCCUAACCCUAGUUUGUUUUAUAAUCUAUUGGAAGCGGGGCGAGAGAGAGAGAGAGAGAGAGAGAGAGAGAGAGAGAGAGAGAAGAGAGUGGAGGUGGUGCACGUUGCAUGGGAAAUUUUGGAAGUGGAGAACAAAAAAGAAAGGCCAGUUUUUCUCACCACGCCGCUUCUCUUUCCUUGCUACUUUCUUGCUUCUCAAGGCUAAUUAAGUCCCCUUCUUUGA